GACGCAUCAAAGCCCAAGAAGGAAGUGGUGGAACACCCCCAAACAGAAGACAAGUCCAAGGCCUUGAAGGCCAAGAAGGUAGGAUUGAAGGGUGUUCAUAGCUACAAAAAAAAGAAGAUCCCAACAUCUCCCACCUUACAGCAACUCAAGACACGGAGACUUCGAAGGCAACCCAAAUACCUUCAGAAAAGGGCUCCUCGGAGAAAUAAGCUUGAUCAUUAUGCCAUGAUUAUGUUUCCCUUGACCACUGAGUCUGCCAUGAAGAAGACGGAGGACAAUAACACUCUGAUCUUCAUUGUGGACAUUGAGGCCACUAAACUUCAAAUCAAGCAGGCAGUAAAGAAGUUGCAGGACAUUGAUGUAGCCAGGGUCAACACGCUGAUCUGGACUGACGGAGAGGAGGCCUACCUCCAGCUUGCUCCAGAUGCCACCACAUUGGAUGUUACCAACAAAAUUGUAAUCAUUUAAACUUUGUCCAGCUAUCCUGCUCCACCUACAAUUUUUUCCAGGAAGGAAGGAAGAGAGAGAAAGA